CAGUAUUAAACCACACCCCGCAUGUUUAACCGCUGAGUACUGGUAUAUUUGGUUUUGGCCACGGAGAAUUGGAGAGCAAAUUCCAGUAUAUACUAGUGUUCCUGUAUGGGCAGCGAUAAUCCCCCGAUGGAGAGGAUAUCGUACGGACCCGACCCUCUGCAGUCCCUCGAUGUCCUCGUCCAGAGCAGGGAGUUAAAUAAACAAGGAGCAGUUUGGGUAAUGUAGGUCCCGAUUUCCCACAUGUCCGCUAUCCGCCUUUCCCGAGUUGUAAGAAGUCAAGCCCGACCAUGAUCCAAUCCAGUCGACAAGUCCGCCCUCCACAUGAUCCCACUAAUCCCUCAAAGCUACAUUCACGGAGGCGCAUGGCGCGACCCGACCCAGAGCUCAGCAGAUUUCCUUCCUACUCUCCACCUCCUAUUAAACCACCCGUCUUUUUCCCGCGCCUCAUCUCACAUCGCCGGAUUCGCAAGCCUCAACUACCGCCUCAGCGCUCCCGACCCCUCUGGCGGCAGCCCGGUGGCGCAUCCCGCGCACGUUGACGAUGUGAUGCAAGCGCUGCUAAAACUCAACCAGCGUUACGGCGUGGGCAACCCCACCGGCCACGACUACCUCCUCGUCGGCCACUCGUGCGGCGGGACCUUAGCCUUCCAGCUCGUCGGCGACCCGCUGCUCCGCGCGGGCCUCGCAUUCCCGGAUCGGCUGCGGAGACCGGUCGCGGUGGUGUCGCUCUCCGGACUGCAUGAUCUGCCGCUGCUGGCACGGAAUCAUGCGUCCCAGCCGGUGUACGGCGAGUUCUUGACGGGGGCUUUUGGGGGGGAUGGGGCCGCAUGGGAGGCGGCGAGCCCGGUGAAUGGAGCGUUUGGGGAGGAGGAAUGGGUGGUGGAGGGAGGGGGGAGGGUUAUUGUGUUGGUGUGGAGUGGGGAGGAUGGGCUGGUGGAGGAAGAGCAGAAAUCGGUGAUGGGGGCGUGGCUGCAGAGUCGAUGGGGAUUUGAACUUGUGAAUCCGGCGCAAUCGCCUGGCGUGACUCCAAGGAACCGAUUAUUGGAGUUGGAAGUGACGGAAUCGCACGACGGCAUGUGGCAGAAGGGCGACGCCGUAGCUCAAGCAGUAGACGCGGUUCUCAAGCAAUUGUACAGUGAUUGUUAACAUUGACACCGUUGGACGGGCUGGCUUCCCGGAUCCAACCGCAGCGGGUCGACUAGAGAGGAGGUAUUGUACAGGUGAUUCCCAGCCCCCCAUACGGAUAUGUGCAGAAUUUUUCCCUCCAUGAU